AUGGCACCGAAACGUACCCACGACGGCGAUGCUGCUCCAGCAUCGAAGGGCGAUCCCGCGAUCAAGAAGCGCAAGGGCUUUAGCGUUGGACCCGCCAACCUCCCAGAUGGCACAUAUCGUCGCAAGACCCAAAAGAUAAAAAAUGACUUGAUUCACAAAGCCAAAGUGAAGAAGGCCUAUGCCAAGAUCAAAGCCGAAGAACUUGCCAUCGCGCCAAGGAGAUCCGUGUACGAUACCGCCGAGGGGGACGAAAUUUCAACUGGCAAGGACGAGGAAAAGGCCAGUGAAGACACAACGACUCUGGAACUUCAUCCGGAUCGCAUAGCCAUGUUGAACGAGCCGGAGGCCGAGCCGGCACCUGCACCUAGACCAGAACAGCGCCCACGGGGCGAGGGCAAACAGAGGGAGCGCCGACCAAAGCCCUCUGCAUUCUCAAGGGAGAUGGAGUUUGCAGAGAAGCGGAGGAAAGCGGAGGAAGCACGACAGAAGGAUCGCGAGGCGAAACAAAAUGAGCGUGAGAAACUGUUGCGCGCGAAGCGGCCGGACCAGUUUGGGAAGAGGAGGUUAGGCAGAGAGAGCAACGCGCUGCUUAGUCGCGUGCAGCGGAUGGUUGGUCAGAAUUAG